UACUCAGUAACGAAUACAUACGGUUUGCUACAGCUCUAGUGUUUUAACGUAGCAAAAUCUUAAAUAUCAAGUGUUUACACUUUCGUUGCACUUUAAGUACUGAAACGUUGAAACCAAGAAGGCGUCUUUCUGUUACUAAUUUUACUGUAGCCUAAAUAUUCACUCUACAGGACUUUUUACUUGACGCUUUGCUUGACGUAUACUUUUGACUUUAGUUGUAUUGUCGUUUUAUUUGUGAUUUUGUGAUGUAUAUCGCGUAAAAUCGUAUUUGUGUAAUUUUUAUCAUAGCGUAAAAUAUGAUCGGUUUUAUUACAAUGAGCAGGUGAUGUUUAUCUUUUUGAUGGAAUGUUAGAAAUGAUCGUAAGAGAAGGUUGCGAGUAUGAAUUCUAAGCACCAAAGCUCUCCAGCUCCUAGCCGCAGUGUGUCGCAGAGCAGCAUUAUCAGAGCCGGCUCACCUCUUCCAGUGCCAGUGUCGUACAGAAUGGAUUGCAUGUCAGCAGCAGCAAAGCGUUACAAAUAUUUACGACGCCUUGUCAAGUUUCAGCAAAUGGACUUUGAAUUUGCAUUUUGGCAAAUGUGGUAUCUUUUCACUUCACCUCAGAAAGUUUAUAGGAUAUUUCAGUCACGAAAACAAACAAAAGCUCAGUUUGCAAGAGAUGAUCCGGCAUUUCUUGUUCUUCUAAGUGCAUGGCUAUGCGGGUCUUCAAUAGGUUUUGCCUUUGUCCUUAAGCUUGGGUUUGUAGGAUUCAUUAAAUUUCUGUUGUACGUGGUCUUUGUCGAUUGCAUAGGCAUUGGCUUGGUAAUUGCCACUUUCUUCUGGUUUAUCAGUAACAAAUAUUUCAUCAAGCCUUCUUGCAGAGACCAAGAUGUGGAGUGGGGUUAUGCAUUUGACAUUCAUUUGAAUGCAUUUUUCCCAUCGCUAGUCAUAUUGCACGUGUUCCAACUUUUCUUCUACCACGUUUUAAUAAGACAUGACUGGUUUGUGUCAAGGUUGUUCGGCAACUCUCUGUGGCUGCUAGCUUUGGGAUACUACAUCUACAUCACAUUCUUAGGCUACAGUUGUCUGCCUAUUCUUGAGAAGACACAAGUGCUAUUGUAUCCUUUAACAAUACUUGUGCUUGUGUACAUAGUAACACUUGUGAUCCACUGGAAUGUUACUGUGUGGUUGAUGGACUUUUACAAGAACAGAGUUUUGUGAUUGAGUUGUGGCCAUGAACAAGACUGACUGAAACUAUCUGAGCAGUGAUUGUGAUGCAGAGUCUUCAUGAAUUUAUACAGUGGAGUGAUAUUUGUGCGAGUGCUUGCUUUCUCUUAUGUUGAUAAAUUAUAUAUACAAUAACCCUGACAGGACAAAACAGUACUAGUGAAUAAUUAUUUAAGUUUUUGAAUUAUUCUAUAUCUUUUAUUUAUAUGAUUAUAUGUUUAAACUUGUGUAAUUGUGGAAAAAUUUGUUUUAAAAAAAUGUAUAACUAAUUAUAUUGUGAA